UCGCCGUUUGUGCGGCCUGGGCUCAGGGCCUUCGGGAAGAUGGCGGAGUACGUGCAGGUGAUGAAGAGAGCGCUGCAGCAGCUUGGCGGUCAUGGCGGCGUUCGCGGGGUCGUGAUGCAGUUGCUCAGGGUCAAUGAUCUGAAGACUGGUAUGCUAGUAGGCAUUGAUAAAUAUGGGAACAAAUAUUAUGAAGAUAAAAGAUACUUUUUUGGUCGUCAUAGGUGGGUUAUAUAUACAGAGGAAAUGAAUGGCAAGAACACAUAUUGGGAUAUGGAUGGAAGCAUGGUGCCUCCUGAAUGGCAUCGUUGGCUUCACUGCACGACUGAAGACCCCCCAACUACGCAUCCACCAGUGCCUCGUAAAUUCAUUUGGCAGAAUCAUAAAUUCAAUCUCAGUGGUACUCCUGGACAAUAUGUACCAUAUUCUACUACCCGUAAGAAGAUACAUGAAUGGGUCCCACCUUCUACCCCUAGCAAGUGAAAGGAAAGGAAUAUGGUGAUUUGCACAGAAUUAGACUUACAACGUAAACUGUAUUUUUCCUCUGUAUUUAAAAUAAAAGCCUUUGAUCAGAAA